AUGACCAUGGUACAGAAGGCGAACUAAUUUGUGCACCAUUGUGUGGAUUAUCUGACGGAUCAAUACAGUGCUGUAUUGGUUACGUUAAUCCCCAUAACAGGGUGGCUACCCGUUACCAUAAUAGUGCCCUGUGCACUAUGGAGAGCGCUACUGAUCGGUAAGCCGUUAUCAGCCGCCGGGUCACUCUUAAUUCAUAAAUAUAUAUCGAGGCACCGGGCACCUAUCGCACGCUGCGCUUCUCCUGUCACAUGACAGGUUGUUCCGACGAAUACUAGUCUAGUAACUGUCGCGAGAUUCUUGGUGUGCUGUGUGGUGGGAAAGAGACAGCUCGGUUUGUCAUUGGUUGGCUAUACCGUUAGGAUAUCGGUAAAGACAACGAAAACUUCACCGUUAGGAGUUAAUGAAGUUAUGAUGUUACAGAUAUUGAUACCCGCCGCUGGCUUGUUGCUGUUUACAGGUACUGUUUUGGCAAGCCCUCCAGUCAAGUAUAUGGUGUAUUCGUGUCAGAAAGGAGAGUCGUUGAGUGUGAACCAGAGUCUGAUCCUGGAACUGACGAAGACGUUAAGCACGGACCGUGAGAAGAUCGGACACCUACACUGUGCCGUAGAUAUCAUCGUUCAGCCGUACAGGCGGGUAUUCCUCCACUUCAUCUCGCUUGACAUCUCAGACGACACUGUGACACCAGACAGAUUCCAUAUCUACGACUACACCCCGGGCGGGAAGCGACGCCGUCUGACCCCGUCCAUGGGGUUGUACGGGGUGCUGGAGCGGCCCUUCUACCCCUUCAACACCGCCGGCAUCGACAUCGUGGACUACAAGUCGUCUGGGCGGCGCCUACGUCUCGACUACCUCGGCAAACCGACUCUCAUUCACGAAGGAUUCAAGAUUCUUAUCACCUCCUUUAAAGAUGCCAGUGGCGGGUCCAGCUGUGGUCCGGGGUGGUUCGCGUGUCCGUUUGAGCCGAUCUGCGUGCCUCUGAGCACGAGGUGUGACGGAAGUCCGAACUGUGGACGACGAGACAGCGGUGACGAACAGCGGUGUCACCCCCUGGAGCACGUCGUCACCAACGUCGAGGAGUCGGUCAUUCACGUCGCAGUCACCGGUGUUGCCGCCUUUGUCGUCUUCCUCAUUGUGGUCGUCGUCGUGUACUUCGUGGUGAGAAGAAUAAAUCAGAAGAGAUUUUCCAAGCGUCGUGGCAUGUGUUUACUAAACGGGACAGUGGCGACAUUCAACAAGGACGAAGACACUGCCCGCCUGUACGCACCACCCUCCUACGAGGACGUGGUCACUGUCUCUGACGACAGUCUAGGACCCCCUCCAGAGUACAGCACUGUCAGGUUCAACGAUUCUCGCAAAUUUCGGUACCGCCCUGUGGUAGAUCGACCCCCUAGUAAGUCGACAGAAGUAGCCAUGCUACACGCGGCCCCGAAAUCAAGACAGAAGUUGUUACAUGACGUAGAGCAGUGUGACGUCACGAGUGAUAGUGACGUGGAGUCGGACUUGGGUCUCUCUCCCGACUCGGGUGUCAGCAUGACCCGAGAUUCCGAGUCCGACCUCGCUAAACAAGAACAAACAGCGCCAGCUUACAAACUAGUUCCGAUAAAGACAGACAACUCUAAGUGUUACGAAUCUGACGAGGAGUUGUCUGCCCAUAUACAUUCUGAUAAAUUGCUUCCGUCUUCGUGUCCAAAAGGUCUUGCCAGUAAAGAAAGAACCGAUGAUGCGGUUUCGCCAACCUGCAACGACAAGGGAGACUACCAGGACAUCCAUUGCCCAGUGACAAAGGGCAGACAACCCAGUGCACCUGAGGCGGAGAUAACUGUGUGAAGAUCUGUGAGAGUUAAAUAUCAGGGCCGUAGCUAGCGGUGGGGGGGGGGGGGGGGAGGGGAAAAAUCCGGAAAGCAUUAUAGAAACUUAAAGAAAAUUCUCUUCUUAACUGUUUAAGGAGUUUUAGACUAUUAACUACUCAGUUGCCCCCCCCCCCCCCCCACAAAAAAAUCCUAGCUACGUCACUGAAUAUUCAUACUGCUGUUGAGAAGAUGAAGUACUGCAAAGCGUUAUACAUUCCAUGUUAUUUGGGGCUUGCAGAAUAAUGUGUACAGAGCUAGUAAACAUGUACAGAGAAACGUGUAUUAAGCAGCCAGCUGAACGAGUAACAGACUGUAUUGGUGUAUCAAAGUGGCAAAAUAAUACUUGAAAGUAUUUCAGCCAGUGUACCAUAACUGGUAUAUCAAAAGCUGUGGAAUGUGAUAUCCUGUCUGUAGGAAGGUGCAUAUAAAAGAUACCUUGCUACUAAUGGAAAAAUGCAGCGGGUUUCCUCUCUAAAAUUAUAUGUCAAAUAUAUUUGACAUCCAAUAGCCGAUGAUUAAUAAAUCAAUGUGCACUAGUGGUAUCGUUAAACAAAACAAGUUUUAACUGAAAAUCGAUGAUAAGAAAUAGGCAAUCGCAUCUUAAGUUACAAUUGGUAUAUCAAAGGCCGUGGUAUGUGCUGUCCUGUCUGUAAGAUAUAAAAGUGAAGUGAAGUUCAUAUAAAAUAUCCCUUGCUUCUAAUGGCAAACUGCUGCGGGUUUCCCCUAAUACUAUGUUAUAGUUACCAAAUGUUGACAUCCAGUAGUGGAUGCAUAAAUCAAUGUGCUGUAGUGGUUUCAUUAAACAAAAUCAAACUUUUAAACAUUAACUUAGCAAGUUUUACGACAAAUGCCCACUUAGCGAUAUAUAUGAAGUAUGUAUCAAGAUAGAUCUUGACGGAUCAAUCUGUUGGGUGUUUGUUUCUGUUUCACUGUGUAUAUUAUCCAAUAUCAGUGUGCUUAAAAACGGUCAUACUUUUUCAAAGAAGGAUUUUAGCUGCAGAUAGUUUGGGCAUAUUAGAUUGUAAUUACUUCACAUGUAUAUAUCCUUCCAGUUCAGUAAAAUGCUUUAUUUUACCACUGUUUAUUGAAACAUCUAAGAAACAUUACUGAAACCAGCCACGUGAUCUCCCUGAUGGUUUCGAUUUGGUCAUUGUGUGACGUGGCACUUGUCAAAAUCUGUCAUCAAAGACAAGUGAUGAAGAAGUGUGUUAAAACUGAUUCAUCGAAUCACCCAUGUAAAACGAAAUGUGUUUUUAGACUUGCUACCCAGACACUGAGGGCUGAAUGUCUUACACGUGUGUACCUACAUACACUUACCAGUGUUUAAUAUUAACAGUCUUCGUAAAUUCGUCCCUGAUAGAGUGGCACAAAGGAGAAUACUGCUGCAUGGACAGAUUUGGAGAAAGCAUCGGCUCAAAACACAUUUCACAUCGUGACAAACCGAAAACCGAAAGAGAACUCGAAUAAUGAAAUCAAGAUAAUGAUGAUAGACACUUGAUAUUCGUUGCUUAUUGACGUUUUCUUCUUUCUGUGCAUCCUAUAGAAAGUAGUGGUUAGAAGCCGACUAAUUUGUUUGCCGUUUCAUGUUUACCCGAACUAACAGUACUCCUGUUUUUAAAUGUAUUUUAUUCGUGUGUGCUAUUUUAUGUUUAUUCGCUGAAACUGCCAGUAUAUGGCUUGUGCCUUGAACUAGGAAUAAUUUUAUGAAAUAUUCUUAUGUUAAUUAACAUUUGUGUGGAUGAUAUUGUUAUGUAUUCUCUCCAAUAAACUGUGAUAAUAUUAAUAAUAAUAAUAUGAAAAUAAAAACGUCCA